AUGGCACCGCAAUCCCAAACAGAGUCACACAAGCCGAAACGGACUCCGAACGCCUGCAUCGCUUGUCGCCAGAGCAAGAUCAAGUGUUCGGGGGUGCAGCCAUGUGCCAACUGCCAGCGACGCGCGGUUGACUGUCAGUUUACUGAUUCCAACAAGGUUACCGUGGACGAAAGGUUUCUCCAGAGACUACUCGACCAAGCAAGAGGCCAGCAGGAGCCCUCACCGCAGCAUCAGCUCCCCUCGCCUGCAUCCAAGCGAUCUGCCGACAUUGCCUUUGGGCCCAUGUUUGACGCCGGCGGAGCAUGCUCUAUGAAUUCAGUACCCUCCCACGAAGACGUAUCGCCAUUCCACCCGCAAUCACUGCAACAUGAGCGUAGCGUGUGGACGAACCCGUUCACUUUGCCGUCAAAGACGGUCAAUGGGCUGUACAAGGGGAAACGCGGCUGGGUAUGGCUUGCUCCGACAUCGCUCUGGUCUCUGACGACUCGACUAUCCUUAAUGAUGGCCGACAGCCUGGAACUGGACUCGCCGUAUCGAGUUCCGAGCUCCCUGGACAAGGAGAUCUACCCUCUCCGGUGGACACCAGUUCCUCCUGAGGACCCUCCCGAUAUCACAGGCCUACCUUCCAUCGACGACGCACUCUACCUAUUCAGUACAGUCAAACAUCAUCUAGAUCAGCACUAUCGAUUCUUUGACGACAAGGCAUUUACCGCCCGCUUGAACGACUUUUAUUCAGGCAACUCGCUCCAAGUAGCCACAGAAAACCGACUCUGGUUCGUAUCUUUCCUCCUAAUCUUAGCAUUUGGGAAUGCGUUCCUCCUCCGCAAUCGAAAUGCCGCCGGCCCGCCUGGAUCGAGAUUCUUCGUACGUGCCAUGUCGCUCAUCCCGGACUAUACGAAUUUAUGGACAGACGGGUUGUUGGCUGUCGAAGUUCUCGCCCUGGCUGGGUUGUAUCUAUACUGCAUUGAUCACCGGGAAUCGGCACACGUAUACGUCGGUCAAGCAAUCCGAAUAGCCCAGCUCGACGGCUUACACACCGAGCUUCCUGAAGACGAGCUGGGUAUAGAAACUGUGACUCGCUGCCGCAAUCUCUGGUGGACGCUGUACGUGAUGGACCGCCAUGUGUCCUCCUCGUUGGGACUGCCCAUGACCACGCAGGACAGCGACAUCACCACGCUGCUCAAGCCUGCUUCCGCGGGAUCCCGCCGUGACGCAACGCUGAGUUUACAUGUCAAGCUGGCGUCGUUGUUCUCCUCGAUCUUGACCUCAAUUUACAAAGACGCCAAAACGGAACUGGGAACAUUCCUCGACCGAACAAGGUCCAUUUUGCAGACGAUGACGGCAUACGCUCGCGAGAUUGAAGACAUCGUACAGUCGAAGAAUCCCAGCUCGAUUGAGACGAUGCCCAAAGGAACCCGAUAUAUCACUUUGCUAUAUCACCAGUGCGUCGUUGUCGCAACUCGCCCACUGCUCCUUUCCAUCCUUAAAGAACGCCUUGAGCGCUUCGGUCAGCGCGAAGACGACUGGCAGAGCUUUCUCGCUCCAACAAAGGUCCUGAUAUCAACGGGCAUCAAGUCGGCGCUCAAGACUUUGCAGAUAUUGACCGACGAGAAUAGCUUGCUUGAAACAUUCCUCCCGUUUGAACUCGAAGUCACCUAUGGCGCCGCUCUCCAUCUAACGAUGGCAAACACGCUGUUUCCGCUCGAGGUAGAAAGCCAAGGCCAGAACUUUAGCGCAGAUGCCCAUGCUAUCGUCGACGAAAUGAUCGCAAAGGGCAACAAACUGGCCGCAGCAAGAAAGACCGAACUCGCACACCUGGAAACCCUCUUCCGGGAGCUGGCGGUGCGGAUCGAGAGAUAUGGACUGCAAACGCUUACGCUGGCAACGCCGCCGGGGCAUGGCAGAGGAGAAGAUGAGGGUGGGGACCAGGGGCAGGCUGAAGGGAUGUGUCCGGCCGCAGGUGGGAUGGCACCCAUGCUUCCGAAUGACGGGGCGAAUACUGCUGCUGCUGCAUCUGCUUCUGGGGUGGACGCACAGAAUCAGGCCAUGUUCCAUGCGCACCACCACCCCAUGCAUGCGGAGCCCAUUGGGUCGGCGUCGCCUGGUCUCCCGCACAUGAUGGACAGCGCCGAGCUGCUCAGCGAGAUUGGGAUAUCGUCGUAUGAGUUUUCGUCCAUUAUUGAGCAGAUGGGCGGGUCGGAGAGGAGCGUCUUGGAUGCUAGGCCUCCGUGGAUGGAUGGUAUUUGA